CGUUUCUUCCCUUGCUGCACUUUUCAUUGGCGCUGUUUCUUCAGUGUAAGUACGUAACUCCAUCGUCAGCCAUGACGGACUGCAUUUUGGAACAGCUGAAAUCUCAGCCCUCAUGGAUUCUCUUCCUCCUAACCCUCGGCUUCUUCUCCACCCUCAAAUUCUCACUGUCCUUUCUCAAAUGGGUCUACGUUAAUUUCCUCCGACCCGGAAAGAAUCUCAAGAAAUACGGGUCAUGGGCUUUAAUCACCGGCCCCACUGAUGGCAUCGGGAAAGCCUUCGCUUUUCAGCUGGCGAGAAAGGGGCUCAACUUAGUUCUUGUGGGUCGGAACCCUGAUAAGCUCAAGGAAGUCUCGGAGUCCAUUAAAUCUAAAUACGGGUCGACCCAGAUCAAGAACGUGGUGGUGGAUUUUUCUGGGGACUUAGAUGAUGGUGUUUCGAGGAUUAAAGAGGCCAUCCAAGGUUUGGAGAUUGGGGUGUUGAUUAAUAACGUUGGGGUGUCGUAUCCUUAUGCCAGAUUCUUGCAUGAAGUGGAUGAUAAGUUGUUGAGCAAUUUGAUUAAGGUUAAUGUUGAGGGUACCACGAAAGUUACGCAAGCUGUUUUGCCUGGAAUGGUGGAGAGGAAAAGAGGGGCUAUUGUGAAUAUUGGCUCUGGUGCUGCUAUUGUUAUUCCUUCUGAUCCCCUUUACUCUGUUUAUGCUGCGACCAAGGCGUAUGUAGACCAGUUCUCAAGAUGCCUGUAUGUGGAGUACAAAAAGAGUGGGAUCGAUGUGCAGUGCCAGGUGCCUUUAUAUGUCGCAACAAAGAUGGCAUCAAUCAGACGGUCCUCCUUCUUCGUUCCGUCAACAGAUGGUUACGCUCUUGCUGCUCUUCGUUGGAUUGGCUAUGAACCUCGUUGCACACCUUACUGGCCGCAUACUAUUCUGUGGGCUUUGGCGUAUUCUUUGCCAGAGUCUUUUGUGGAUUCUUGGCGUCUCAACUUCUGCCUUGGUAUUAGGAAGAGAGGACAACUCAAGGACUCAAGAAAGCUGGAAUAGGAGCCACCAGGCUCUGCCGCUCUCUCUAUCUCUACCUGCUACUCUCUCCCAGCCCUUUUUUAGUGAGAAAGUUGUCAUUGUCUGAUACGAAGACAUAGGAGUAAUUUGAGACAUUAAAUGCAUGAGCAAUCUUUGUUGUUUGGAACCUUGGUUUUCAUUUUUUCUUUGAUGAGUUUGAGACAGCUCAAGACUUUACAAACUAUUCAAAGUAUUUAGGCUUCUCCGCUUAUGCAGUCAAUUGCUAAUGUAUUUUAUGUAUCAGUGAGGUUUGUGUAAUUCAAAUUUCAUCAAUAACUUAGGAGUA